CAGCGAACUGACUUCUUGGAUACAUAUCCCAAAGAAUGUCCUCUGGCACAAAUCGUGCAUUAGUGAAGAUAUUCCUAAUGGCUGUCGGACAGCCAACAUUUGUCAACCACAAGAAGCUUUGCGACAUUCGCCAGCGAAGGGAACGCGCCAUCAGAAGAAAAACCACUCUGCCAUAACAAACACGCGCGGCUUUCCCGACACCGCAGAUGCCGUGACAACGCUUCCCGGACCAGCAAGUGUGGGGCUGCAGGAUGUCGCGGAGCACGCGCUGUCGACGAUAUGCGAUCUCUGCAAGACAUCACGUACCUUACAGCUGUAUAAUGGCAAGUUUCCCCUCAGCGACAUCGAUCUUCAACAUAUCUGCCCAAACAGUAUCUUCAUCACAACGGACCAAACCUCACCAUGUUAUAAUCAACAGCUGCUAUCUUCUGUCAAAAUUUCAUUGGGAUACGACUUGCACCAUUUGCCACCGUGCUAUGAAUCUUCAGCUUGAGCGGGAUCAUGUGCUGGACCUUUUGAAAGAGAACCGCCCGGUUGUGCUCAGAUUUCCAAUGGCAAUGGAAAAGGAUGGGGAUUUCUGGAGACAGCUGGUGGCCGAUGAUGGAAGGUUACGGUACCUUAUCCUGACACUUUCCGGGAGAGAUCUGGACGUGAGCAGUUGCAUCGACCGGGCCACGCAAUGGACGUACCACAUCUUAAAGUAUCUCGGGACAUCCCAGCUCAUAUGUGUUCGCAUCCAGAUCGGCUUCACUGCCGACGUUAUUUUGCAAGCUUUAGAAGGCCUCCCACGACGCUUCGCGAGGGCAAUACCCUCUCUGCGAUAUAUGGCGAUGGAGUGGCUGACGCACAAGCUGGGAGCACCGCCUCGCGCAGAUCAUGACCAUCCCUGUGAAGAUUGUAUACAGCAGAGCUCAUGGUGGAGACUUGAGGAUACAGACAUGCCGAGAGUCCUCAUUCCCGUCUCAGCUACAGUGGGCGAACACGUAGAUGCUCACCUGCAGUCGGCAGAGUUUGCAUCCACACUGGACUAAACAAAUCGUGGGUGUUGAUGUCG